AACGCUCUUCAAAUUUUGGGAUAUCCUAACCGAUCGGCGGAAGAAAGUGGUUAGAUAUAAAAUGGAAACGUUUUUCUGAGGUGCGUCAGUUUCAUGCCAUCAUCAUUACUGAAGUCACAUCUCUCUUUCAAAAAUUAAAUUUUUCAAUUCAAAAUGUUGAAGAUUGUUUGCUUGUUCGCUGUUCUGGCCGUGGCAACUGCUGAUGUAAGGCAAGUGCCAUCUAACGCUAUGCCGAAUCGUCCUGUAGUUAUGGCAGCUCCAACCCAGUAUCCUCGAGCACUAGUUCCGCCAAUGGCAGGACAUGAAAACGAGAAACCAGCAGCACCAGUAAGCAGCGACAUGCAGCAGUCACAAGAUGCCUCUGGUGACAUGGAUAAGGCCGAAACGUUCGGCUUUGGAUAUCACAAACAUUAUUACAUUGCACCACGAUACUAUGGCAGAUAUUAUGGAGGAUACUAUCCAUACUACGGGCAUCACUACGGAUAUCCUUACUACUACUGAAACGUACUAUAUUUAUGAAUAAACUUAAAUUAUUUAUUAACAAU